CUGAUCAGUCUCUUCAGAUCGAACUGAAAAGAAAGUACAAAAACAGAAGAGAGCUGUGAACACGAAGAAGGACAACAUGAUCAAACUGGCAGCUUCAAACUGAUCUGGUGCAGCUUCACAAACAAGAUGAGAAGAAGAAGGAAGCUGUAAAUGAUGCUUUAAAGGGAGUAAAAGUCACCAAACAUCCAAAACUUCAGUUUACUCUGGUUUUAAAAUCAUUCCAUCACAGAGGUUUGAAGGUUUCCCACCAACAAUCCAAAUGAUACAAUAAAUGGAGACGAAGAAGAAAACACCUUUCCUGUUAGUGCUACUUCACUUGGUUCAAAUCUGCUCAGUCAAAGGUCGAGAUUGUCCCACACAUCCAGAUCUCAAUUGCUACAAUGAUUUCAAUCAAAACAUCACGUGUGUGUGGAACAGCUCAUCUGUCCCAGAUGAUAGGAACCAUGGAUGCAGAUUACAUGCAAAAAGMACUUCUACGUAUUUUAGUUAUGAAGCUUCCUGUGACCUGAUGCCUUUUGAUUCCUCCAAACCAACCCUGAAAAUGUGCUCUCUGAUCUUCAAAAUGUCCUACACUUUUACGUCCAGCGAUAACUUAGCCAUGAACUUGAGCUGUGUCCCUGAAAAUAUUUUCUACAAGCCUGCAUGUCACAUAAAGGUGAAUCCUCCUGGAAAGCCUGAUGUCACCAAUACCACAGUGUCCUGGCUCACCCAGGUAACAAAACACGAGAGAAUUCGGAAUUAUGAAUCAGAGCUGCAGUGGAAACUUCAGGACCAACCUUGGAAUGAUGCGUCUGUUAAAAAGAAAGAGAGCUGUGAGUCGAACUGUAUAGCAGAACUGGAUCCUGACUUACUGGUGCAAGGAGAGGCGUAUGAGGCACGUGUUCGCGUGAAAGCCAAAUGUGGCAACUGUGAGGGAAUCUGGAGUGACUGGAGCCCCAUCGAGUCAUGGGUGUCACUUGUAGGAAAACCCAAACCACCAUCAGAGACGGCUGUGGACGUUCUGAACAUCUCUCUGGCAGGCUUGGCCGUGUUUGGUUUGGUGCUGAUUGUCAUUUUCAUCCGAACACACAAAACCACUUGGAUUUACAUAAUAAAGAGGAUCACAGGUCCGCCCAUUCCAAAUCCUGCAAAAUCUGCACAUAUCCAGACCUGGAUAAGCCCAAACAUCACCAGUGAGUCCUUUUACUCCUUCUUGAAACCAGUGGAGAUCGUCUCGGUAGAGGUAACCUCCACAGUGGAUGCGCUCACAUUCCAUGAGCCGGAUGUGAAAAUGAUGCCAGAAAUCUACAACUACGAGUCCUCUGGCUCCAGCUUCUCCAACCCGAGUUACUCUGAGCUUUGUUCUCCUUCUAGUGUGUCCUCACUUGCUAUAGAGCCCUGUGCUGCUGACGCCCCGUACGGGCCUGUCCGAGGCCAGGUGGAGGAACCAAACACACAGCAGAGUGAYGAUGUAGCUGCAGAGAAAGACACGGAGAUCAUGAAGCUAAUUGCUGAUGCUAGUCAGAACGGUGAGGCUGUGAAGGUGAUUUUAGAYUAUGAGAGGGUUGAGAAGCUUCAGAUGGAGCGCGUCAGGCUCCGCAGCGUGGAUUCAGGCAUGUGCAGCUUUGAAGAAGUCAGUCAGGAGAGCGUGGAGGUAGACGGACAGAGUGAGGGAACGCAGAUAAAGGCAGAGGGAAAAGACAGGGAUGGGAUGGAGGUAAAUGUUCAAAAGUUGUUUGGGAGCAAUAGAGGCAUUUUGGACAAAAACUCCAUUCAGGUCUGUUUUGACUACAAAACACUUCCAAAGCUCCAGCCUGAAAGUCCUGAGCUUCCAAGCCAGGAUUCAGGCGUUAGCAGUGCAGGCGAGGAGAAUGAGAGCCAGGAGGAAUGCAUGGAGGACAAGCAUCAAUCGACUCACUUCCUGUUUCCUCCUCCUCUUUCCUGUGACUCUUCACCACAUCCUUUGAACCUAUUUAUGCCUCCUCUUCCAAGUAAUAGCACACUUACGAAGAUGUUAAUGUUAAAUAGCGUGGGAGUGGAGCCUUGUGGUGAUGGCUACAAGUCAGUGAGACAGGAGCAGAACUGAGAACAGGCAGCAGGAAAUACAGAAGCGCUGACARCAUUCCUCACACCUUAAUGACCAAAGAUGCUUUUCUACAUAGUUCUCAAGAAUUCCUCCAAUGCUCAGUGUCCAACAACUCUUAGAGAUGGCUAUUUUACUGAAUGUGUCUUGUUACUUUUAUUAGGUAUUUUUAAAAUAUAUUUAUUCAAGUUCAUAUUUCAAAUACAAGGAGUCAAGACCAAACAUAAAACUAAAGUGUGUUUAUUCCGAAGAAUGUAGUAGAAAAUGUAUGUUUUUUUUGUUUACUCUAAAAGACUGCAAAGUUAUUUAGUAUWGCAACAAAAUGUAUCAGUCUACUUUUUCACCACUUUUUACAGCAUCUCAAAAAACUCAACUUUUAAACAGAUCUGUCUGACUCCCUUGACAAUGUCUAUUAUAUAAAUACAUAUAUUUAAUAUUGUGUUCAUUACCAAAUGUUUGCAUGCUAUUACAAAGAAUUUAAAAUAUAUAUUUCAGUACUAAAUUUAGUAGUACAUUCAUCCUUUCAACAAAUACUGUUAUCCUCUUC